UCUUUUCUGUUCAGCAGGACCUUACCUGUUCCUCGGUCCAGCACUGCACAGUAUGCAGUCUUAGUCAUCCCCUGUACUGUCUUCAGUCUCUGGUCAUCCCCUACACUGUCCGCAGUCUCUGGUCUGGUCAUCCCCUAUUCAGUCCGCAGUCUCUGGUCAUCCCCUAUUCAGUCCGCAGUCUCUGGUCAUCCCCUAUACAAUCCGCAGUCUCUUAGCCAUCCCCUAUACAGUCCGCAUUCUCUGGUCAUCCCCUGCACUGUCCGCAGUCUCUGGUCAUCCCCUGUACUAUGUCUGCAGUCUCUGGUCAUCCCCUAUACUGUCCACAGUCUCUGUUCUCUGUUCAUCUCCUGUACUAUGUCCGCAGUCUCUGGUCAACUCCUGUACUGUGUCCACAGUCUCUGGUCAUCUCCU